AUACAACUCAAGGCAGCAGCUGUCGCCAGAGCAUUCGCAUCUUCCUUCUCCUCUCACAGACGUAUCAGAACCCGCAUUAUAUUCUAUUCAGCCUCAAGCUCACCAAAUACCGGCAUCAUGUUCAACUUUGUCCUUUCCCUGCUUCUCCAGCUCUCCAUGUUCAUGAUGGCGGAGGCUGCUCCCAUAACAGCGCAGGGCGCAGAACCGUGGCAGGCUGGCACUGGAGGAGGCAUCGUCGGAUUCAUUGUUCUCGUUCUCGACAUCAUUGCGUGGAUUGAGAUCUUCAAGUCGAACCGCCCCGUAACGAACAAGGUCAUCUGGGCGCUCGUCGUGUUCCUUUUCCCUGUUGUCGGCAUGAUCAUCUACUACCUCUUCUCCAACCGCGACGCCCACAACACCUACGAGCCUAUCCCCGCAUAAACCACUUCACGACCCUUAACCUCGCCAAAUUUACUGUUUAGCAAAGACAUGGGUUAUAUUAAAGAACAAGUGUAUACUUGCCAGCGUCGUGGCGAGAUGCAAGCACAUAGCUGAGCACUGGAGUGGUACUUGGGUGUUGGGGCGUUACACCAGUGAGCAGUGGCAUGGAGAGCUAAUAUAGUCAAGGAAGCAUUAUGAUAUUCGGUCCAUUGAUGGGCCAACCCAUCUUCAUGGCAGAUGAUGCAAAUAUUGAUUUAUUUCAGGGCGACUAUAUGGCAUUACAUUCUUCUAAUACUUCUCCUCUGCGCCCCAGCUGCUUUCUCCCAAUCCCCAAAGUCCCAGAAAGGGGUACACAUUCUACACUACGAGCCUCCUAGUAAAUGAACAGCCCCUGACUCUCAC